UCGAGUCCACAUCAGAAAUGUCCACUCAGGUAGCUCUACCGGCGAAAACCCAAUUCCACUUUCCGAUCAAAAACGCCGCCGUUUUCAAACUCCAAGCCGCCCCCGCCUCUCUUCACCUCUCUCUCACCCAAACCCGUAAACCCCGCCGUGCAAUAAGGGCGGUCACCAUAGAUGAAAUUCCCCCAAAUGCCCUCCGCCGGAAGCAAGACUCCAACUGGAGAGGAGGCUUCAGCGUAGGGGUAGACUUGGGAUUGUCCCGCACCGGCCUCGCCCUCAGCAAAGGCUUCUCCGUCCGCCCCCUCACCGUGUUGAAUUUGAGAGGGCAGAAGCUUGAGGUUCAGCUUCUGGAGAUUGCAAAGCAACAGGAGGCAGAUGAGUUUAUAAUCGGGCUUCCGAGAUCGAGUGAUGGGAAAGAGACACCUCAGUCUAACAAAGUCCGGAGUGUCGCGGGGAGGCUUGCUGCUAGUGCUGCUGAGAGGGGUUGGAGAGUGUACCUGCAGGAUGAAAAUGGGACAUCCAUUGAAGCGAUGGAUCGAAUGAUUAACAUGGGCCUCAGCAGGUCUGAUCGUCAAAGCCAAAUUGAUGCCUACGCUGCCAUGAUGGUGCUGGAGCGAUAUUUUUCCAUGUCAGGUGAAGGAACAGAGCUUGUGCUGCCCAAGAAUUUGGAUCUGCAAGAAAAACUUAGAAGAGGUCCACCUAAAGACGUUGACUAUUUCUCUGAAGACGAUGAGGAUUGACUAUUCACUGUAACUGUAAAACACCGAGUCUUUCAAAUAUCUUUGGCGUUUUCAGUCAAAAGGAGCAUAUACAAGAGAGAAGUGGCAAUCGUUUUACGAACCAGGUUUCAAGGAGUCUUUUCUUUUGCUUAUUGAAACUCUGUUUCUUGCGGUACAAAAGAUAGUUGGCUGUUUCCAGUAAAUUGUCUAAUUUUUGAAAGAAAAAAAAACCUGAUUAGCAGUAGUUGGGUGACAGAAAAGGCAUGCUUUCCUACAUCAUAUACCCCUUGGGGUCAUGAGGGAGGAUAGUGAUCUCCCAAUUCCACCAUGUUAGCUCAAAGAGGCAAUCACUUGGAUGUGCCGCAGUUGCAAGAAAACAGUAGCAGUAAUUAGUUGAGCAGUAUGCAAAUAUCAAAAAGUAGAUGUAAAUAUUAAUCUCGCCACUGUAGUAAUUAAUACAUUGCUGGCCAUUUUCACUGUUUUGGCCCUGCUAAAAUUCUUGGUGAGAGUAUUUGAUGGUGUAACAUAGGCAAUAGAUUACAUUCAGAGUGAGGUUUUAUCAGAAGGGCCUUUGUAUGCUCGAAAAGAGAAGGAUGCAACGAGUUCCGUUCUGUUGAGACGAAGGCACCUAUACUCAUGCUAGGGGAUUCUCAGAACACAUUAUCCCCAAAGUUUAGGCCCUAGCCGUUACGCUGUCUUUGUUGAAAUGUCAAUGACUAGAGUUGUCACUUUGGGGAGAACCCCUCAUUUCUGGUCUACUUGAUGGUGUUGCAUCUCCUUCGGCUUCCGGUGGAAAGCCACACAGCUCUCGUGGCAUACAAUCCUUGCCAUGCCUUGCAAAGACAAAGUUCGCCCCCAUGGGUUCAGACGUGUCCAUUUGUUUGUGGUGGUAUGGUCUCUGAUGUGGAUUGUCCGCUGGAUUUGAUCAUGAAAUAUGAAAUGCAGAAGAAACCAGAUGUAGGUCUUUUUGCAAGUAGUAACUGAUAGGAUGAUUUAUGUGGCUGGAGGAAAUAGCACAGAUCUUUUCGAGGCUCGAGCUCGACUCCGCCUGCUCAAGGGUGUUUGCGUGAUUGCGUCUGAUUGCGAGCAUGGAAACAAACUUGUCCUCUCAUGGUGCAGCAGUUCUUGAUGGAAAGCAAGGCUGGUUGUGGCCUUUCUAUGUAUCUCCUAGCCGUUCAAGUGUUAUGAUUCCUGGGCAACAAUAGGACGCCUUCCUUUACCUGAGCAGAUAUGUAAACCCCCCUUGCAGCAUUUCUUGUGUUUGUACGACUAUAUAGUUGGUAGGGAUUUUCAUACACUCGUCUACGUAAAAUCUCUGAGUAUUAAUUUCAGCAUAUGAAACAUUUUGUUUAUCGGCGUUCAGUUCAGCCUAGUAUUGACAUAGGCAACACUACUAGAAGAAAACACUAAAUUGGUGGCAUUCAGUAUGAGACCUCCAUAGCUUCCAUUUCUGGAUGAUACAUAGU